AUGGCGGCCGUGGCAGAAUUGAUGACGUUCUUAAAAAUCAAGCUUGCACGCCUUUCCUCUAGUCUGUUAUCUAACCGUCGCCGUUCCCCUUCGCAACCUCGAACAGUCGAUAUUUGUUUCUAUCAUACCAACUUCGGUGCGAAGGCUCGCCGAUGUUCCUCCCCUGCUCGUCCACGUCCAAGCACGGAAGCCAGUCAGCCAGAGAAUAUACCCGACCUUUUUCUCUGGACCCUCCGGCUGUGGUCGCACCUUCUAUGUCUAAGACAACUGACACGCAAACGUUUUCUAGUGGACACUGGAAUCCAAAUCAGCGUUGACCCACCCACUCCACCCGACCAUCGUUUCCCCAGCUUUGGUCUCCGUCUCCAAGUUGCCGACUGCUCCUCCAUUCUCACUUUUCGCCUCGUGUUCCUUAACCUAGACAUUGGCCUUCGUCCAUCGUUUCCAGGGAUCUUUGUGAUUGCUGAUAAGCUUCAUGAAAUCCACGGCUCGGUCUUUCUUGCUGAGUUUGAUCUCCUUGCUUAG